CGCCGAGCGGCCGCGGUACGGCGGGACCAUGGAGCUCGGAACGCAGUCCCGGCGCCGGCGGCGGGACCGCGGAGCGUUUUAAUUUUGAUUGCUGGCACUACUAAUAUCUGAGCCAAAAGUGGUAAUGCCACCUGAGGGAAAUUGCUGAGAUCCCCGGAGUCAACAACUACCUGAUUUUGAGCCAUGCCUUUAGUGAAGAGGAACAUUGAACCCCGGCACCUGUGCCGGGGAGCUCUGCCCGAAGGGAUUACCAGUGAGCUGGAAUGUGUAACCAACAGUACUCUCGCCGCCAUCAUACGCCAGCUGAGCAGUCUGAGCAAACAUGCUGAAGACAUAUUUGGUGAGUUGUUUAAUGAGGCCAACAACUUCUACAUCAGAGCAAAUUCUCUUCAAGACAGAAUUGAUCGCCUUGCUGUCAAAGUUACCCAGCUGGAUUCCACAGUGGAAGAGGUGUCACUACAGGAUAUCAACAUGAAGAAAGCUUUCAAAAGUUCCACAGUCCAAGACCAGCAGGUGGUCUCCAAGAACAGCAUUCCCAACCCUGUCGCUGACAUUUACAACCAGAGUGACAAGCCACCACCCCUGAAUAUCCUGACACCGUACAGAGAUGAUAAGAAAGAUGGGCUGAAGUUCUAUACUGAUCCAUCCUAUUUCUUUGACCUCUGGAAAGAAAAAAUGCUACAGGACACGGAAGACAAAAGGAAAGAGAAAAGACGUCAGAAGGAGCAAAAGCGUAUAGAUGGCACCACCCGUGAGGUGAAAAAGGUUAGAAAAGCCAGAAACAGGCGCCAGGAGUGGAAUAUGAUGGCGUAUGACAAAGAGCUUAGACCCGACAACAGGUUGUCUCAGAGCGUGUGCCACGGCGCAUCUUCCGAGGGAUCCCUGUCCCCAGACACUAGGUCUCACGCAUCGGAUGUCACGGAUUACUCUUACCCGGCCACUCCCAACCAUUCUCUACACCCCCAGCCGGUGACCCCGUCCUACGCAGCUGGUGAUGCAGCACCACAUGGGCCCGCAACCCAGGCCCCCGAGCACGAGUACCGGCCCCCUUCAGCCUCGGCCAGGCACAUGGCCCUCAACAGACCUCAGCAGCCGCCGCCCCCGCCGCCCCCACAGGCCCCAGAGGGGUCGCAGGCCUCGGCACCGAUGGCUCCGGCGGAUUUCGGGAUGCUCCCGGCACAGAUAAUAGAAUAUUACAACCCGUCAGGACCACCGCCGCCGCCGCCUCCACCCAUGAUUCCUUCCGCACAAACUGCCUUUGUCAGCCCCCUCCAGAUCCCCAUGCAGCCCCCAUUUCCUGCCUCAGCUGGCUCCACAUACUCAGCUCCUCCUCAUCCGCCUGCCGCAGGGCUCCUGGUCACAGCGCCGCCUCCCCCCGGCCCGCCCCCUCCCCCGCCAGGCCCCCCUGGCCCUGGCUCCUCUCUGUCGUCUUCCCCAAUGCAUGGCCCCCCGGUGGCUGAGGCAAAGCGUCCAGAGCCUGCGCAGCCGCCCAUCAGUGACGCGCGAAGCGACCUCCUUGCUGCUAUUCGGAUGGGAAUUCAGCUGAAGAAGGUGCAGGAGCAGCGGGAGCAGGAGGCCAAGCGGGAGCCCAUCGGGGACGACGUGGCCACCAUCCUGUCCAGACGCAUCGCCGUGGAGUACAGCGACUCCGACGACGACUCGGAGUUGGACGAGAACGACUGGUCCGACUGAGGCCGAGCAGGCGGCCGCAGGUUGCAAGUGUCAGGAGGGUUGUACGUGGGCUCAGCACCCCAGUAGUGGUGUGAUAAUCCUGUAGCUUAGCACCUUUUGUAUUCACAAUGUGGUAUUGCUUCUGCACAUCCAACAAUUCCAGGUUUCUUCAGUAUUUACUGUGUAAUACUUAAGUGCCACUACACAUAGCAAAUCUUGCUGCACACGAGGAAGUACGCUGUAACUAUUGCAUUGUCCUCAAAACAGCACCUUGCUUCCCCUCGGCCGUGAAAGUAUUUAGUGCAGUUUGGGUUUACUCUCUAUCGAUCCUUACAGUUCUGCAGACUUGCUGUGUGUUUGUGAAACUGCCUGGCUUUGGGUCUUGGCAAGAUUAAUGACUGUGUGUCAGUGUGAUGUCUUCCAAUCAGUAAGUGAUAUUGUUUUCCAUCUGGGGAUUUUUUUUCCCUCUCUUUGUAAAACUGUGUUUCCAAAGUUGGUUCUGCAGGGAAGGGUUUAGCAACACAGAAAGAACCAAAUAUUUCUGCCUCCAGUUUCUCUGCUUGGCAGCCCCUGACUGGAUUUGAAUGCUCCAUUGAGUACUCUCGUUGCCUUUGCACACGCUUGUCAGGCGUGGAAUCGGAAGGGCCCUCUCGGGGCAGGCCUCCCCGGCAUUUGCCUAGUCAGUGCUUGUUGAUGAUCUGUGUGCAAGGAUUCAGCAGCUCCGUCGGGGUAAAGGAAAUGAGGAUCUGGGUGCUUUCUCCUUCGAGGGGCCUGUCGGGAUGCCAGUCAGAACACUGGCCAGCCCUCACAGUCCAGGAGCCCGCUGGCUGGGACAGCUGCGAGUGUGCGGGAGCUGCCUGGUGCAGCCCAGGGUGCAGUGCCCCUCCUGCCCCCUUUCCGGGUUAGCUGUGACCUGAGUGUGGUGGCCGGGGUUCAUGGCUCCUCCUCCACACACAACAGAGAGGGCGUCAGAUGGCACCUCCCUCCACUGUCUGGAUCUGCAGAGCUCAGGUCUGGGUGAAAGUAGAUGCUAACAGCUAUUUCUUCACUUCUCUCGGUGCUGUGGCCAGACUAGGGAUCAGUCUCACUAGCAGGGCAUUCGCCCCACCCUAGAAGCACGUAGUUCUCUCUUCUCACGCUCGUGGUGUCCGAUUUUAAGUCACCCCUCACUAGAUCACCAUGCUUAGACCUUGGCCGAGGCGCAGUCCUUGGCGUCCACCUUUGCCCUCCCCGGAAGCCUAAUCCUAGAGACCUCUGGGGCUCACUUUCCUGGCUAAGGUAGACUGUUGGGGAGCUCAAGAACAAAAGAACAAGAGCUUGUAUUCUGUGAUUCUGGGAGAAGGAUAACUACCUGCUUAGAAUAAGCGAGUGCCCCAGGCAUUGGCGGUAGAUUGGCCUUCACAGAUAGGCUAAGACACCAGACUAACUGAGGAAUUCUCAGAUCCCAGAAUCCAUCAGGUGGUGGUUAUUAGAGAAGCCCCAUGAGGAGGAAGGGAGCAACCUUGGGCUAGAAGCAGAGCUGUGGCACGGAUGGUAGGAAUGGAGAUAGGGCAGUAAUCCAUGGACUGUGGUCUGUGAGUUCUGAGAAGCCCAUCAGCUGUCCGCUCACAGCUGUGUGUCUGUGAGUGACAGCUGUCUGGCUGGUGGUGGCCAUUGUGUGAGGAUGGAUCUUGGAGCUCCGAGAAACCGCGUGUCCUCAUCAUUCUUGCAAGGCCAGCCUCCCUCAGGUGCGUCCAGGUCUGCUCGGUGGAACCAGCUGUCUGUCACUGGCUUCCUGAGCUGCUCUUCUCCAGGCGGGCCACCAUUCGGCGGCCACUGUGAUUUUCUUGAAUAUAAGUAACAGUUGUAAGUUUCUUCAUUUCCUUUUUUUUUCUUUUCAGUGGGGGGGGGGGGGCAGAUGUAGAGGCCUAUUGGGUUGGCAUUAUUCUUGGGACUCUGACCAUUUUUAAAGUCUUAUUUUGUCUUUGUUGUAAUAGUUCACUUUUUUGGCCAUGUUUGGGAUGAGAGUUCCCUGGAUAGUUCUGGAACUUAUAAUUUCUAAUACUUUUUCAUCUUGUUUAGCCCUUCUGGAGAGAGCACUGUCCAUGUGAGGAUUUCUCCUAUUCAUAUCCUAUUACAGUAAAAUUAGUGGCACUUUAUCCAGGAUAGUCCUGAGCCUAUUCACUAUUAGUGUCUCAGUUGUAGUUUAAUCACCAAGUUAUUUUCAACUUGAUUUUAUGACUAGUGGAAAAGUUUUUGCCCUGUUGUAUUCUAUAAAUUUUAAAAGAAUGGGAAAAUGACUAACAUCCAGAUUUGGUUUUUUUAGAGUAUUUUUUAGCAAACCUGAUUUAUUUUAAAAUUAAAAUCCAGACUUUUUCUAUUAAGGUGUUGCAUGAAAGAAAGAAGUGAAGAUUUUGAGUUUUCAGGUCUUCAUUUUCAAAAAAGUAUUUACCAAAACAAGUGGGGAACAUCUAAAAGCACACUUCAUUUCUAUAAAUUUUGCAUUUUAAAUUAUAGUGUAAACUGUAAGGUUGUUUUAAAUUAUCUGCAGUUUUAUUUCUCCAUGUGCAUUUUAGUUGAAUUUCCCAUAAGUUUACCUGAUGGCAUGGAUUAGACAAAGAGGAUGCAGCAGUGGCCCACGUGGUACCACGUGGUACCACACAACUAUGUGGUUGAGCAGAAGGAGUGCUUUUGCCUUGUUAGCCCCAAACCAUAAGAUUUUGCACUCUUAUGUUUUUUUUUUCGACUAAGGAUACUAUUAUAAAAUUAACAUUUUCAUUUCAGUAAAUUUUUAGAACACCAAAAUAUCUUCUGAGCACCAAGUGGCUAGGUUGUUAAAGUUUUGUUAAUAAUUUGCAAUUGAAAUACAUGAUACAUUUUAAUCCAUUAAAGACUAGUGGGACUGUAUCAGCCAGAGUAGCAGUAAUUUUUGUUUUAUAAAUCAAGAGUAUCUGUCAUUGCAGUAUUACCAAUGCUGAUGUAAAUGGAAUUUAAAGUGGUAUUAAAAGAGAAAUUCCUGUUAAACAAUUUUUAUCUGUUUGUAUAUCUUACUAUAGAUUAUGUACAAGUAACAUCUAAAUAAAAUUACA